UGGCUUGCAAAAGACAUUCUCUCAAUUCCAUUCUUUCUUCUUUUCCUUCCUCUGCAGGCAUUGAACAACUUUUUCCUUGUUUCCGAGAAAACUCUAUUUCAACCAGCACAGUUGAUUUCAGCGUCCUUCUGUUCACGGCAGCAAAGUCUCAUCUUACACUACCUGAAUUAGAGAAGGAACACUAGGAGUCCGCAUCCAUGGAUUCACAGGGCCAGACAACUUCUUUGCAGAGACUUCAGAAUGUAGAAAAGAGAAUCGUGAAGGUUUUGGAGCUUGCCGGAGGAGUAAUGGAUGAGCUUGCAAGCCCUGUUGGUCCUAGGAAAGAUGUGGUCCAAAAUCACUGCCUUGAGUUCAUGCAAUUAAUCAAGGACAUUCAGGUGGCAUUGCGUGACGAAAUCAAAAGUGCUUGUGAAUAUCGUCCAUUUGAGAAAUGUGACUAUGGUCCAAGAAUAGCCAAUGAGAUUUGUCACAAAAAGGUGGAAUUUAUUAUGUCACAAUUGGAUGCAAUGAAACAAACUAUAGAUGAAUAUCAUGCGGCAGUUUGAAAAUGUAGAAUCCUGGGUUACCUCCCAGUAAUGAGGAAUUGCUUGUUACUAGUUAGUGUGUAGUUUUGGGUAAGGUAAUAAUUACCUUGGGAGAGAAAGGAAAUCAGUGUAUUUAUUUAGAUGGUUAUAUAGAAGAGUAUCCUAUUCGAUUUGGGAUUGUCAUGCUCCUCCUAUCUUACUAGGGCCAGCAUAGUUUUUUCAUUUAUUUUGUGGACUAUGCGGACAACAGUUAGAGUGUACCUGUGCUAUCAUGUGCACUAUAACAUCUUACAAUGGUUAUAAAGUUUUAGAUUCUUGACCCA